GAUUAAGUUCAGGCCAAGGUUAGAAACAGGAAAUGAAUUUCGUCUACGGGGAUUUGUUGUAUGUCUGCAACAAACCAGACUUCCACACAUACACACACGCAGACCCUAGAAAACCCUCCCAGAGAUACAAGAAAGGGGACUGUUGGAGGUGGUCAGGCAGAUUGCCACCAAAAGAACGCACCCUCUCUCAGUCACGGAAGUGAAGCAUGCCAUAGACACAUCACUGACUAUGGAUUCCCCACCAGAAUGUAUGCUGGCUCUUUCCUGUGAGCCCCCAAUGUCUCCUCCUUCAAUGCCCUCCCUGGACCACAGUCCCCAAGGCCUACUCCAGAGUCCUCAAUCUACCCCAUCCAGCCCUCAAACUGAACUCUAUGGCCCGGUGUCACCCUGCCCCCUUCCUGGUGCCAGCCUACAAGAUGAGGAAGAGGAUGAUGAGUUGUCAACACCCCCAUCACCCACCCUAGCUGUGGCGCUGUUUCCUGGUGAAUUGGAACUUCGCAGUCCCUCAUCAGAAGGCAGCCCUCCGACCACACUAUUAGCACCUUUCCCUGGCUUUGGAGUUCUGGAGCAGGCAAUAUCCUCUGGUCAGAGUACCACCUGCAGUGAUGAACUGGAUCUUCAGCUUUUCAACAAUGAAGGGAUGGCUAUGCCAGGAGGGACCACCUCUGGGCCUGCCCUAAGGUUCCCAUGCCAUGUGUGUGGAAAGAGGUUUCGCUUCCAGAGUAUUCUUUCUCUGCAUGCUCGAGCUCACAGUUUAGACAGGGACCGUCGGGUUUCAGCUCUUUACCGAACUACACAUGACAAACUGAACCAUGUGAGUGAUAGUUUAAUCCAGAAUCUCAACAGCAAAGAGCCUGGUCUGAAACAGAGUCCAUUAGCUGGGCUAUUACAAAAGAAUAUAGAUGAAGACAUGGUUCCAGAGGAACCUCUUCACACUGCUAGCAGCCCUCAGUUCCUCUUUGAAGGAACCACAGCACUAACUCCACCCCUAACAGAGGAAUCACCAAUUUCUACUUCCUUCUCUCCACUUGGCCAUGCCCACUUGGAGGACACUACCCCCUCCACAGCUGCUUCUGCCUUCCGGUGCCAUGCUUGUAAGGGUAAGUUCCGCACAGCAUCAGAGCUGGCACGUCACGUGCGGAUCCUCCACAACCCCUACAAAUGUACGAUGUGCCCCUUCUCUGCCAGUAAGGAAGAAAGUCUGGCUUCCCAUCUGCAGGAGAGCCACCCACCUGAAGAUCCUGCAGCAGCAACUGUUUUCCCUUCUCACCCUGUAACUGCACCGCCAGAAACGCCUCUCUCACAAACACCGGUCGUUCCAGCUUUCCGCUGUGAGACAUGCGGCCAGCGUUUCACUCAAUCCUGGUUUCUGAAGGGGCACAUGCGGAAGCACAAGGACUCAUUGGACCACAAGUGCCAGGUCUGUGGCCGCGGCUUCAAGGAACCCUGGUUUCUUAAGAACCACAUGAAGGUACAUCUCAAUAAGCUAGGCCUCAAGGCUGGCUUGGGAAAUCUGGGGCCUUCUGGAUCUGAUCAAUCCAAAGGUCCUGCAAGCACACAAGUGCUGGGGGCCCUGUAUUCCAACUUACUUCUGGCUCGCAGUAUGGCAGGUGGUGGAGGCACAGGAAGUCGCACAGAAAGGUCAGAUGGUGGUGUUGCAGGCUCGAGUAAAUCAUCUAUAUUGGGCUAUCUGGGAUUACCCAAAGACAACAGCAAUGGAAGUUGCAUGGAGCGCCUUCAGGCAGUGGCACAGGUUGCAGAAAUGGGUAAUGGAGUAGGAGGAGGAGGAAGGGGAGGUGAGACAGCAGAAGGCGCAGACCAGGCAGCAAUGUGGCAGCUGGUUGCUCGCAGUCUGGCAGCAGCACAUCAAAACCAACAGCAGCAGCGAUCCCACUCGCACCAUCAGCUUUCUUCUUCACGAGGCACAGUCGCUGGAGAAGCCAAACAAAUGAGGACCUACCUAGGUGGACUGGGUUCUAGAGAUGAACUGGAGGCCUCUAGUGCACCCUGGGAGUGUCCAGAUUGCGGAAAGAUGUUCCGAAGCCUUCAGCAGGUGGUUGCUCAUGCCCGUGUCCAUGUCCAGAAACCACAGAAAGGUCAAAGUGCUCGAGGGGAAACAUCAAGAGAGGAGGAUAUUAUAAAUCAAGUCAGUGAGGCUCAGGUAACAGGAGGAGUGGGGCACAGAGUUAGUGACAAUGAAGACAGGAGGCAGGAAUUAAAGCAACUCCCAUCAGGAGUGGGGACAGCUGGAAGCUUCCAUUCUGUCUUGUCACAUCUCUCUGGUCAGAAUGGUCUGAGGGGACAAUCCUCUUCAGGUUCUUCAGCUCCUAGAGAGCGCAUUCGGGGAACAGGGAUGAAGGAUUGCCACUACUGUGGUAAAGUCUUCCGGUCUUCCCAUCACCUUAAAGUGCACCUUCGUGUUCACACCGGGGAGAGACCAUACAAAUGCCCCCACUGUGAUUAUGCUGGCACCCAGUCUGGCUCUCUCAAGUACCACCUACAGCGUCAUCAUCGUGAGCAAAGGAAUGCUAUGGCAACAUCCCCCAACUCCCCUUCACCUGGCCUCCCCUGUUUGACUGGCUCUCCUCGUGAAGGGGCCAAAAAACAGCGUCGGCUCCCCUCCAUGUCCCACUCUUCUUUUGGGAGGCUUCCUAGAGAGGCUUCUUCUUCCAGGAACGGUCAGUCAUGGGCUGCAGGCCUUUCAGAGAAGGAUGGCUCUUCGUCUGGACAUCAGAGAGAAGCAGACUUGGAGAGUCAGUAUCACAGCUUGUCAGGGAUGAUGGGAGCACUCUUCCCUGGUGGUCUGAAAGCAAAUUGGACAGGGGAGGCCCCACCUCCCAAAAUGCCCAAAGUGUCCCGACGGAAACCUCUUACCACAAGUCGCAUGGUGUGUGUAAAUGGGUACACUUCAAGUGGGAUCACUUCCAGUGGUUCUCAGGAAGGAGGCUUUGAACCACUUGACCUUUCCCGUCGCCCUUUACAAGAUGAGGGUCCAGUAACUAGUCCUGGAGGUGGGCCAUUAGCGGGCUCUAAAGGAGGGAAUGACAUCCUUAAUCAAUGUGUUUUCUGUCCCUUCCGAACCUCUUCUGUUGAGCUGAUGGCCAUGCACCUUCAGGUUAAUCAUACCAGCAAGUCUCGCCGCAAGAGGGGCACCCCUGUCAGUUCUGCCAACCGUUCUCCAAGACUGACCCUGCCUGGGCCAGACCGUGACCCACUGGCAUUGUGGAAGUUCCUCAGUGUAGAGGAUGGAAUAAUGUCCCCUGAGGAUUGGGUCUCAUCCAAGGCAAGAGCUGAGAAUGGAGUCAGCCCAGAGAACAGGGAAACAGAAAACAACUUUGAACUGGUCCAAGGACUGGUGGGAACCACAGAAAAGAGGAUUAAAAUGAGAGAGGACCUGGAUGAGGAAGAUGAGGAGAUGGACGAGGAGGAGAAUGACCUGGAAGCAAAUGGAAGCUUUGGAAAUUUACCCCAGCGUCAGAGCGGAAGUGCUUACUUACUUUCACCAGACCUCGCGGCCGAGGAUCUGCCUAAGGAGGAGGAUGGUAUCAUGGGGAAAUAACACUUAAUGAGGGAAUGGAUGUGUUCGGAGCUGGAGGAAAGGAAGAAUAAAAAAACGUAGAGAAAUAUUUGGGAGUUGUCCAGGGUCCCUCAUAUCAUUCCAACCAAGGGCAAAACAGUUGCAAUGCUAACAUACUGAACAGUAUGUCAUAAUAACCUUCAAAAGUAUUUAAAGUACAGCCUUUCCCAUCAUACAUACUUUAGUCCCCCUUGGUUAGUGAUCAAUUACCUCUACAUUCACAAAGACUCGCAAUCACACAGAGAUAUCAAAUAUCGUAUGCUAGUCUAAAGGCGUGGACACAUUUACUUUUGCACGGUGUAGAGGUCACUGCCAAACUAAGCAAUUUCCUAUUGCUCAGUGAUGGAAAUUCACGUGUAAAAGUUCACCAAACUUGAACUUCGUGUAGGCAAAUUCUUCGCCAACAGAAAAUUCCAGAUAUUGUGGAUUCCCAUUGAGAUGACUUUGUACUUCACCUGUAGAUUUUCGCUGUGCAAAGGUAAAUGUGACCGUACCUUAAGCGUGCAUGUGAAAGAGUAUUGGGGCCUUUUUGAUCACUGUCAUCUUUCUCCUGUCUUGUCAGUGAUCGCAAUUGCCAAGUUCUAUUUCAGUUGAAAUUCCCUGUUACUCUCGCCCUCUUUUCCAAAUGAACCUGGAAUGUCAAUCCGGAGAGAACAAAGAAGCAAAAAAGAGACACUAUCCUUACACUAUCACUACAAUAUAUUAAUGCUGAGAGAAAAGGGAACAGAAUGCUGAAUGGAGAAAAGGGCCACUUAUUAUGCUGGUAAGAGGGUUUGUCCUACUUUCAUGUGAACGUCAUCUUAUAGCACUUCUUCGGUAAACCAAAGGAGUGACCACACUUCUUACCAUGCACCUGCCAGACUUUGAACAGAAUGCUGUGAUAACUGAAUGGUACUUCACCUCUAACAAAAACUGGACAGAGUAAAGAUUAUAUUACCAGAUAUUCACACUGCCAGUCUGUAACAAUGGGUCUUCUUCAGAUAUUAUAUGAAACAGAGAGUCUGCCUCUUCUAUAUGCUAUUUCUCUCAGUGCCUGUUGAUGUAAAUGGUUUUUAGCAGAUUCAUACAACACAGGAAUAUAGUUACAGUAAAUAUAUACAGUAUAUAUGCGUAUAGUUGUACUAGAUCGUAGAGUUCUGUAACACAAUGGUGGCAGUUUGUGACUAUGUCUGCUGUGAAUGAAACGAUGGUAGAACAGCUGGCCAUUUGACGGAGGCUGUACGUAAGUGUUUACAUUACAAAUACCACCAGGAUUUUCAGGUGGAAACCGGACCACCUUUACAUUGGAAAGUAAAUUUCAGGGUUUGAAACAAAUCACAAUCUACAAAAGGAGACUCAGCAAUAUAUCAUUCCUAUUCCUGUUAAAUCUGUGACUCUCAAACGAUCAGAGAGAGGGUGGAAAGUUGGUCUCUGCUAAAAAGAAAGAAAGAAAAAUAUUCAGUAUAUGUCAUUUUUUUGUAGAUAAGUAGACCUUUUUAAAUCUAACAAAUUAAAAUAAAAUAAAAAAACACUAACAAAUUCAGACAUCCCAGUAGAAAAUAUGUAGCUUUUGUAAAGAAAAGUGAUCAAAAAAAGAAAUAAAAAACUAUAUGUUCUCCUUUUAAGAAGUGUUAAUGGAAAAGGCAUAUGGAGAAUAGUAAUAAGUAUUAUAAUAAUUAUGAAAGAAGACUGCUUUAGAAUGUCUUAAGAGCACUGUGCAAAGUUUCUUUUCUUCCCAAACUAGCUUUGGUUUUGUCUUUAAAUGUAGACCAAAUGUACUUUUUUUCCGGUUCAAUUUACUAUCCCUUGAACAAUGUGUAUAUUCUUUAAUCAACAAAUCAAUCAAUGUUGUCUGAGGAUCUUACAAUUUCAGUGAUUGAAAAUAUAUUUAUAAGUUAAUGCUGAGAUCAUGUCCAAGACGUGUCACAAUAUCAGCAUUGUCAGUUUGACUGAACUGCUUGCCAAAUUUUAUUUCAUGUAAUCGUGUUGCAUUUUUAUGUGGAAUUUCAAUUGGCACAUAAUAGAAAGGUUGAUCUACUCGUCCUUGUCUGUCUACAGUGGAGUACGAAUGUCUGAGACCACUAGAGAAAAUGCUUCGGUAAGAUUUGGAAUCAUAUUAUCAGCAUAACAAUUUGAGUGAAAUGUUUAAUUGAAAAAUGAAUUGCAGAAUGUCUUGGUCUUUGGUAUAUUCCUCUUCCUGAGUUGGUACACACUCCACAAGUGCAAAACCUGAUGAUCCCUGUUAUCCAAGCAUCAUUUCACAAAGAUCAUCUUUGUGUGCUUCUGUGAAAGCAAGGAAAUCUGACCUGUUGUACAAAGUAGUACAUUUGCCAUUUUUUUGUUUACAUUUUUUUUUUAGGUUUAAAAAUUAAAAGGAUUUUCAAUGUGGUCUCAGACUUUUGGAUCCCAAUCAUUUCCAUCCCAUUUGUAUCAUUAGACAAUAUUGGGUAGGCGGCACUUUCGUCCAGUUAUUGGCAGAGGCUGGCCUUACUUUGCUGAACAUGCAUUAUUGUGUUCUUGUUUUGUAUGUAAAAUACAUUAUGAAUUUGUUAGCCCCUGAUGUGGUGUUCGUUUAAGAUAACAGUCAAGCCACUGUGCCUUCUGUCCUGAGCACUUCCUCAAGAAUUUUGUAAGCUCACCAAAAGCACUUAGCCCCUACUGUAUCUCUUUGUGUUCUUUGGUAAACUGUUGUCUUUACUCUCUGUCUCUGAUUCUCCGUUUUGUUGAGAUGUCAGAUGUGGGGGUCAUUUUCAUUUCAUUCUAACUACCGUCAUUCCAUCAUUCGUGUCCAGCUUUUUACCUUCCCUUUAGCUUAUGUACCACAGAAAGCUUACACACUAUCUAGCUGUGAGGCCUUUUUAGAAGUUAUUUUAAUUUCUAUGAUGUUCUUUGAUGCCGAUGAGAUGAAAUCAAGCUCUUCUGCUCAUAAUUAUUAUUACCAUUGUUCUUUUUGAUUUAUGGAAAAAUGACAAAAAAACAAACAAAAAAACAGUGAACAGAAGAAAAAAAAAACAUAAACAAAAUGUGUUUCUUGAAUGUUGUACAGAUAGAAAUAGACAUGUUGUGUUUCUAACAAGAGAUCAAACCACAGUACCUUCUCUCCAUCACUCCCUACAUAGCGAUACAUCUGCAUCAGUGUAGAUGCGACUCUUUAGGAUGGUCUAACUGUGUACAGGGAUCAGGGCAAUAGUUUGUUUAUUUGUGUUUAUUUGUAUGUGUCUGUGCAUUGAUGUUGUUUUGUUGAAAUAUACUGACACUGUGAAAUAAGUACCACUUGCAUAAAAGUAUUUCCAAACAGCGAUGUGCUGUUCACAUUUGUUUUUCUUCUAAGAUUUGUGCAUCAUGCAUUUUGUUCCUCCACAUUUUUCCAGUGAAAGGGGAAAGACGGAGGGAAGGUCUGGGUUUGAUCUUUUCAGUAGCUGACUGCUAUUGAUGUCAGGGGAAGCUGAUCUAACAUAGUAGUAACUAAUAUGAAAUUGUGGAUUGAGAAAUAAAACACUAGAGAAGAAUAAAUAAAACACAAAACAAUG